CGAUAUUAUGGGCUUAAGACCUACAUCACAAUUUACAAACAUUAUUCCUGAAAGGCAUGUGAUGAAUUAUCAUAAAUACAUAUCCCGAGAAAGGAGUACAAAAAAAUUGGAAAGAAUCGAUCCAAAGUUUUUCAAGCUAAAAGAUACUUUAACUGAAUAUGUUGUGAACUUUGAAGAUCCGAAUUUAGUUCGAGUGCCCCCAUCAUCUUACAAAACUUCUUCUACUCAACUAACAACUUCACAAUGCCUAAAGCCAAGACCGCUAAAAAGGUUGCCAGUGCGUGUCCUUUCAAAUUUCUCCUACAAAAAGUUCUUUGGAGAGGACAGCCGACCUCCAACUCCACGUCAUUUCACGCUUUUUUUUGCUACUUCCAUACUCCACUUGCAAGCGUUUACUAUAGCGCGACUGUUCAUAUGUGGUAAAAGAAAACUUUCCCCUUAUAACGCUUUCAUGAAGUCCGAGUUACCAAAAGUCAAAGCCGAGAACCCGAACCUUGAACACAAGGCUGCCUUCAAGCUUGUCGCGGAGCGGUGGAAGAGUAGUUCUGAGAAUCCUAAG